UUAUCAUUUUUCACCCAUCAGCCCAUCCCACUCCCAUUUUUGAAGCGAUAAAAGUGAAAAUUGGUAAUUAUUUUGGUUAAAUUUAUUAUAUUCGAGCAUCAGGGGUGAAUUUUUCAGUCCUUACACUAUAAUGUUACAUCGUCUUUAGUUCAAUUCACAUCCGAACGUUCUACUUAUCGUAUACUUCACUUUAGUACAUUCAUCUUGGAUACUUGAAAUGGGUGCUGCAUUUUGGCCAGUUGUGUUGGUUUCUGCUUUUUGGGGCGUCGUCGGAAUAGUUUUACCGUUUUACACGCCUAAAGGACCGAACAGAGGAAUUUUCCAAUUGAUAUUGAUGUUGACUGGAGCAACGUGUUGGCUGUUUUGGUUAUGCUGUUAUAUGGCUCAAAUGAACCCUCUGAUUGGACCGAAACUUACUAAUAACACUCUUAUAUUGAUGGACGCAGCAUGGGGUCAAUAACGAAUACUCCAGUAGCUGAUAUCAUUGUAGAUUGUAAUUUACCGUAUCGAUCGGAUUAUCAUUCAAUUUCAUCUUGUAUUUGUUUUUGUUUCAAUGUAUCGUCAAGUUUAUUAUGUAUUUCGAAUUAUUUAAACAAAAAAAAUGUAUAUUAUUCAAAUUUAUUACUAAACCGUUUACCUUUUUGAUAUUCGUUGGAAGAACUUGUCAUUAUAUUAUUAUUCAUUAAGUGUAUCGAAUUUUAUCAUUUUAAGGUACUUGUAAUUUAGCUCGCUUUCAUUCCAUUGUUUUUGAUUUACUUUAUUUCGUUACCAAUAAUAAUAUAUUGCAUUAUGUAAUUCGA